CCGGUCUACGUUCAAGAGAUGCUCAAUCUGAAUUAGCGGGGUCACUGCUUACUCCCGUUAAAGGAGAAGGGCGCUGUAUAUCAGGUUCAUGUCCCUACCGCCUAACGCAGGUGAUCCGUAAUCGAGUUGGUUUUAGGUCAUAAGCGAUUGCAAAGGACAUUGAUAGACCAGUUAUUUAGCACAACGGAUAGACUAGAUAACCUCCCAGGCAAUCCGGAGAGAUGCCGAUUGGUGGGUUCUGCAUGAGGAAACGAGCGAUAACUAGCGUACCGGUAGUUUCCAUAGUUCAUCUACUCGAGUACUCGAGUAAGUAAGCUACCGGAAAAUCUCUUAUCUGGAUUUAGCUAUCAGGGUUAGGGAGUGUCCGCGCGCCCUCGGGAUUGUCUAUGGUAAAAAACGCAAGGGUGCUUCUCAAGUUACUCGAGUACCGAAGGGGGUGUGCUUGGAGCCAUCUCCAGAGUAGGUUCUCAGACCCCAGAUCCGCACAGGGGUGUACUAUGACUCUGAUCUUGCUAUGGAGCUAUCACAUCCCACUUGAGAUUUCCUAUCACAGUCAUCUCCACUGUGGCUGCGGGAGAGAGAAAAGAAUACUAUCUAAAUGUUCAAGUUGGUGGUUAGUUCGGCAGCCACCGCAGAACCCUGGAAACCAACUGCACCUUGGAAUAGAUCCACAACCGCCCAGAAUACGGGUCAUCGGGACGGUCAUACCUGAGAUGUUGUGUCCUUUCUUACCCCGGCCUUUGAAUAAACCGCGAGGCAUACUUCUGGACCUCCCCGUUAUCAUACUGUCGAUAAAUGGGAGUGGUGCUACGGUAUUCUUGGACUACAUGAUUCCCUAUGCUUGGGACUUAAAAGGUUUUACAGGAGCUGGUGGGAUUGGGAACCCUGAAAGCUACCAUAUACUGCUAUAAUACUUAUGAGCGGUUGCCUUUUCAGAGUAUCAUAUGCUACAGGUACAGUACUACAAUCCAUUUAGAUAUCAUAAUAUCGUACAAUGAGAGUAUAUUUUUCGGACUUCUCGGCAGCUAAACCGCCUAAGCCCGAAUCCCACACAACAUGAACUUGCCGAUAGGGUUAGGGUCAACUCUCAAUCCCGGGUUCCAGCACCUUUUAAGACAAGUCCUGUACAAUACUGUAUCAUGCUGUAUUGUGAUGGCUUUCCCAGGACAGAGGUUAGUCUAAACGAGACCUCGCUAUCAAUUAAUCCGGGUCGUGGAAAUGUCACAUUCAUGGAUCAACAAAGAUAUGAUACUAGACUAUUUGCCACGGGUUCCCUCCUCCAGAAUCCUAGAAAUGAGUGAUAACCCUUGAAUAUUACACAAGCGAGGCGAACUGCACCCCAAAGCUUGAGCCCCCAAAAUGCCCAGGAAUUUUCCUCCCCCGUGACCCGUGAUUCAACCUGCAGCAACCACCGUUGCUGCCACGGGCCCAGCCAGCAGCACCUACGGUAGUCUACUUUACUUCCUCCCUUUCCCUCUUCUCCGCCGCCACCACAACCACCACCACCACAACCACCACCACCACAACCACCACCACCUGCUUGAGAGACAAAAGUCUCGCCUUUUCACACUUUCUCUGCUUUUAUUAAUCGAGAUAAAGGAGGAGCAGCUCAGCAAGCCUGCUCGACUAACCCUCACGAAGGAAGGAAGGGAACUGAAGAAGAAAGAAGGAGAAAGGUCUACUGCCACAAAGAUGCCGCAACCAUGGGACUAUAUUGCUAAAGUUGUUAACAUCGGCGACUCCGGGUGCGGAAAGAGCUCGCUCACCAUCCGCCUCUGCGAGGGCCGCUUCAAUCCAACCCACGAUGUAACCAUCGGCGUGGAAUUCGGCAGCCGCAUUAUCCCCGUCGACACGAGCCCCACGGCGCAAAAGAUAAAGUUGCAAAUCUGGGACACAGCAGGGCAGGAGUCCUUCCGUGCGAUAACCAAGUCCUACUUUCGCGGCGCAACGGGCGCGCUACUGGUGUACGACAUCUCGCGGCGUGCGACGUUCACGCACGCCACGGAGUGGCUGGAGGAGCUGCGCGGUGCGGCCGACGCGAACAUCUCUAUCAUCCUUGUCGGCAAUAAGUGUGAUCUUGGCAAUGACAAGCGUGAGGUCCCCAUUGAGGAGGCUAGGGCUUGGGCUGAGGGGAAUGGGAUUAAGGCGUUCGUGGAGACCAGUGCGAAGACGGGCGAGGGCGUGGAGGAGGCAUUUGUGGAUUGUGCUAGGGAGAUUUAUAGGAAUAUUAAGAGUGGGGUGUAUGAUUUGAAUGACAAGAGCCAUGGGAUUAAGACGAAUACGGCGAAGACUAGUCUGAGCAUGGAUGAACAGACGAAGGUUAGAGGUGGUUGCUGUUGAUAUUGCCCCCUCAGGGGAAAUUACGAAGGAAUUGGCAGAGCCGCCGAAUUGGGUCAGGUUGGGUAUGCACUUUUUUCUUUUCUUUUUUUAUUCCUUCCAUUAUCAUGAUUCCGUUCUUGUAUGUGUUAAUUCCUCCUCUUUCUUUCUUCCUUUCAUCCCCUCACUACCUAUUCUCUCCUUUUCUUUCCCCUCUCUUGCUCCGUCUUCGGCUGCAAUGUAGUGGUUGGUGAAUUCGGUAUUGAUGGCAGGCGUUUGUGUUUUCUUCUUCCUUCCUUCUCUCCGAUUAAUAUGGGCUUGCUUGUUUGUGAUGAUGCCUCUUGGUCAGUUGAUAGAUCUGGGGUGGGCGAGGUUUGGUUGUAGAUACAAUGCGAAGUGCUUGAUGCAUGGUAUUUUUAUUUGUGGUGUUGGUUUGGAGUUGAGGAGGGAUAUUUUGCAUUGUUUAUUGGUGCAAUGUCUAGUGUUGUGAGGGAGUUGUUUUAUGAAGGCAGUGAGGGACCUGAAGGUUUGUAUGGUGGUCAUGGAUUCUCACUCGGCUGAGAUCAUUUUGUUGGGGAAUAAAUAAUGGAUUGCCUAUUUAUGUCUACAAACGCCUUUCUACA